UUCGGUCUCGCCAUUAUCCCAGUUUGCUAAACAGCAACAGCUUGAUAGCCGAGUUUUACACCUAUUUUUCCCCCAUCAAAGCGAUGGAGGUGACAAUGGACCCUUUGUUUCUGGCGUGGAGCUAUUCCAGGAGGCGAAAACUCCAGCAAUGUUCUGAUAUUUGCACAAAAAUAUUACAAGACAACUCGUACGACCAGGCUGCAUGGAGCUUGAAAACCCGUGCUCUUACAGAGAUGGUAUACAUAGAUGAAGUUGAGGUCGACCAGGAGGGGAUUGCUGAAAUGAUGCUGGAUGAGAGCUCUAUUGCUCAAGUUGCACGACCAGGAACAUCACUGAGGCUCCCUGGAACAAGUCAGGCCGGAGGUCCCACACCGGCUGUCAGGCCAAUGACACAAUCAGGUCGUCCUAUCACAGGAUUUGUGAGACCCAGCACACAGUCAGGGCGUCCUGGGACAAUGGAGCAGGCUAUUAAGACCCCACGCACUGCAAGCACUGCUCGUCCUGUCACUAGCGCUUCUGGCAGAUUCAUUCGUCUGGGAACAGCUUCAAUGUUAACCAAUCCCGAAGGACCAUUUAUAAAUUUGUCGAGACUAAAUCUGGCCAAGUAUUCCCAAAAGCCAAAUUUAUCCAGGACACUGUUUGAGUACAUCUUCCAUCAUGAAAAUGAUGUAAAAAAUGCUUUAGAUUUGGCUGCUCAAGCUACCGAACAUGCUCAGUUCAGAGACUGGUGGUGGAAAGUUCAGCUGGGGAAAUGCUACUACAGGCUUGGUUUAUAUCGAGAAUCAGAAAAACAGUUUAGAUCAGCUCUCAACCAUCAAGAGGUUGUGGAUACAUAUCUCUACCUUGCGAAGGUGUAUCAGCGCAUGGAUCAACCAAUAACAGCACUCAGCCUUUUCAAGCAAGGCCUGGACCAUUUCCCUGGUGAGGUUACUCUUCUAACAGGAAUCGCUCGCAUACAUGAGGAGAUGAACAACAUCUCAUCAGCCACAGAGUAUUACAAAGAUGUCCUGAAGCAGGACAACACUCACGUGGAGGCUAUAGCCUGUAUAGGCAGCAAUCACUUCUACACCGAUCAGCCUGAGAUUGCCCUGCGCUUCUACAGACGGCUACUCCAGAUGGGGGUGUACAACUGCCAGCUGUACAACAACCUGGGAUUGUGCUGCUUCUACGCGCAGCAGUACGACAUGACUCUAUCCUCAUUCGAGAGGGCCAUGGCCCUGGUGGCCAAUGAUGAAGAGCAGGCUGAUGUGUGGUACAACAUUGGACACGUGGCUGUGGGUAUAGGAGACUUGACGCUGGCCUAUCAGUGUUUUAAACUGGCUUUGGCUUGUAAUAAUGACCAUGCUGAGGCCUACAACAACCUGGCUGUGCUGGAGCUGCGCAAAGGUCGUAUCGAACAGUCUAAAGCUUUGCUGCAGACUGCUGCAUCACUGGCCCCUCACAUGUAUGAGCCACACUUCAAUCUCUCCAUUCUCUCUGAAAAGAUUGGCGACCUUCAAAGCAGCUACACUGCCGCCCAAAAGUCUGAGGACUCCUUUCCGGAGCACGUCGACACUCAGCAGCUUCUGAAGCAACUUCGGCAGCACUUUGCGGUGCUGUGAGUGUCUGACCAGCUUAGGAAGCAAGGUGUGAUUUGAUAAAUAUAAGAGACAUUGUGCUGUCGUGAUCGAUAAGGCUUCAUAACAAAAGGUUAUUACACGCCAAUCAGGCAUGGAAAUCAACAAAUGGGCAUUAGCUUUGGUUUGCGUGUUUUUUAAUCAAAUGCUUCGUAUUGACUAAAUUGUCAGUUUAUUUGAUACGUCUCUCUUCAAAGCCAUCAGACUCCUUUUGACAAAAAUAGUCAUUUGACUUGACAGAACACAUGUUGCGGAUGUACCGCUGCCUCAAUUGGUUAGUUUGUUUGUAUUAUUGUGUGACUUUGGUGAAUCCAAAGAUGGCAAGGUAAAGCAGUGAAAAUAUUCUAAAUAUAGUUUACACUUAAACUGAUAUUGAUCUUUUUAAGGUGGGCUUUUUUUAGGUAGCUAAAAUACGUUUUGCUGACAGCCCCAUCUACAACAGUACAUUGCUUCCACUGCUGAUACUCCUGUCUGUUUCUCCUAAGAAAUACACUGACUAUGGAUAAGAACCCAUACAACCCGAUUUUAAAACAUCCAAACUAUCCCUUUAACUUAACAACUCAAUGCUAGCUGACGCUCUAAAUGCUGCUUUGUCACGCAAAAUAUGACUUAUAGGAAUGUAAAAUGUAUGUGAAGGUGUGUAUCUUCCUGAUGUAACCUGGUGUACAGAUCUGUAUAGUAGUAAUUCAUGUGUACAUAGUAAAGGUAACAUUUUAAUUUUAUUACAGAAAACUGGUUAACUUACAUUUUAUAGUAUAUUUCAUAAAUCAGAUGUAUUUUUCGUAUUUUGACCUUCGUUGCCAUUUUGUAGUUUCAACAAAUAUUGAUAUGACAAUAAAAAAAUUCAGAAGAUGUGUAAAAGCCUCUUGGACGGAGUUAAUUCUUGA